GUUUCAUCUCUCCAUUAGUCAUUACCAUCUUCCUCUCCUCCGCGGGCGCGAACAUCUCUGAAUUCACCUUCUGCGAGGGUUUCAGAGAUUACUGCAAAUUACUCAGAAGUAUAUUUUGAAGCUUGAACUGCAAGAUAUUGAUGAAAUAUAGUUGAAAAUUGAAAGAUGAACAUAGUGCCCAAAGAGACAAUUGAGGUCAUUGCACAAAGUAUAGGAAUUUCAAAUUUCUCGCCCGAUGUUGCUCCGGCCCUUGCAACCGAUGUUGAGUACCGGGUGCGCGAAAUCAUGCAGGAGGCAAUCAAAUGCAUGCGCCACUCAAAGAGAACUAUCUUGACAGUAGACGAUGUGGAUAGUGCACUCAAGCUAAGAAAUGUGGAGCCGCUUUAUGGCUUCACCUCUGGAGGUCCUAGGCAGUUUAAAAAAGCUGCUGGACAUAAAGAUUUGUUCUAUGUUGAUGACAAGGAUGUGGAAUUUAAAGACUUGAUUGAAGCACCCUUACCAAAAACACCUCUAGAUACUGGAGUUAUCACUCACUGGCUAGCUAUUGAAGGAGUGCAACCUGCAAUUCCUGAAAAUGCUCCAAUUGAAGCACUUGCUGUGCCUUCUGACAACAAAAAAUCUGAAUACAAAGAGGAUGGGCUUCCUGUGGACACCAAAUUACCUGUUAAGCAUGUACUUUCAAGGGAGCUUCAGCUUUACUUUGACAAAAUCAAAGAGCUUACCCUGAGUAGAUCUGAUUCUAUCCUAUUUAAAGAAGCAUUAGUGAGCUUGGCAACAGACUCAGGAAUUCAUCCUUUAGUUCCUUAUUUUACAUAUUUCAUUGCUGAUGAGGUCACACGGAAUUUGAAUGAUUUCUCUAUCCUGUUUGCUUUGAUGCGUGUUGCCCGUAGCCUUCUCCAAAACCAGCAAAUACACAUAGAACCUUAUCUACACCAAUUGAUGCCAUCUAUUAUUACUUGCCUUGUUGCAAAAAGGUUGGGGAGUAGAUUCUCUGACAACCACUGGGAGCUUAGAAGCUUCACAGCUAACCUGGUUGCUUCAAUAUGCAAGAGAUACGGGCAUGCUUAUCAUAACCUCCAGCCACGUGUGACAAGGACUCUGCUCCAUGCUUUCUUGGACCCAACAAAAGCAUUGCCUCAACAUUAUGGGGCAAUUCAGGGGUUGGCAGCAUUUGGACCCAGUGUGGUUCGCUUGCUUAUACUGCCUAAUCUUGAGCCAUACUUGCGACUUCUUGAGCCAGAAAUGCAGCUUGAGAAGCAAAAGAAUGGGAUGAAGAGACAUGAAGCCUGGCGUGUAUAUGGAGCCUUACUGUGUGCUGCAGGUAUAUGCAUGUAUGAUCAGCUGAAGACAUUCCCCAAUUUGCUGUCUCCACCAACACGGGUCAUCUUGAAGAGCAAUAAAAAAAUCUUGCCUACAAAACCAAAAAUCAAUCCAGGCAAACGCAAAGCAAGCACAGAUAACUUAAUGCAACAGCCACCGCUCAAGAAAUUAGCAACAGAUGGCUCAAUGGGCGUUAUGCCAAUUAACUCCCUGUCAGUUGACAAGCAAGGGUUAACAGGAGGAUUUUCUAAUUCAACUGCUGUAGGAAGUUCUGAUGUUGGUCUGUCAUCAAUGUCCCAGCAGUUAGCUAGUGAGAACAUAUCAGGAGGCAGAAGAGAGGUCGGUACUCGAGCUCUAAAAGCAUCAGCUGUUCUUGCUCAGGCUUGGAAGGAUGUCAAUGCUGGGCAAUUGUCGGCGUCAUUGUUUGAAUAUUUUGGUGAAAGCAUGUUUUGCUUCACUCCCUCACCUGAGUCGUCCUUGUUCUUGUAAUUAAUUGAGAAUCAAUAUCAAUAGAGUUGUUUUGACAGGUCUUUAGUUUAAAAUGGGAAGUUGUGCACUAGCAUAUCAUCUUUACUAGAAUAUAUU